AUGCAGAACAAAAAAAUCAAGGAGGCAAAGAGAUACCUUAAGACUGAGUUUAAGUCCCAUGUUGGCAGAGAGGAAACUUGUGCUGAUCACUGCACUGCACAUGCCCUAGGUGACACAAGUGACUCCAACCUGCAAAGCAUAUGUCAGCACGAACAUGAAACUGACUGCGAGCAAUGCGAAUCAUUAGAGACAGUUUUGAAGGAAAUUGAAUACGAGAUCAACCGUGUUGAGAUGCCGGAGGAGCACAGAUGGCGGUUAAGCCACGACUACAAACUCUGUUUGGCAUCUAUCCAGGAGUGGAAGGCGCAUUUGCUCCGCACAGUAAAUCAAGAAGAAGGAAAGCAAUUUGCUCUUGUACAUGUUGAUUCAGCUUCAUGUUUAAUCGUUAUGGAUUGGGCCAUGAAAUACCUCCCACAACGUUAUCGGGAACGAAUGAGUGAUUUCUUCGGAAAACGAGGACGAAGCUGGCAUGUGAGUGCUGUGAUCACUAAGCAUACUGAAAAAUUCCAAGUGGAAUGUUUUGUCCAUCUGUUCGAUAACUGCACGCAGAACAGCUUUGCUGUAGCCUCUAUAAUAGAGCAUCUUUUAAAUACCAUCAAGAAAGAAUCACCGGAGAUUGAAAAUGUUUUCCUGAGAUCCGAUAACGCAGGUUGCUACCAUAGUGGACCUCUUUUGCUCAGUCUUCCGUUCAUUGGUCAACGAACCAGCAUGACAAUUCUGCGUUACGACUUUUCAGAGCCACAGUCCGGAAAAGACAUCUGUGACCGAAAGACCGCUCCUAUGAAGGCACACCUACGACGAUGGGUCAAUGAAAAACACAAUGUCAUCACUGCGGAAGACAUGAAGACAGCACUAGAGUCGCAUGGAGGAGUAAAAGGAGUCAGGGCGGCAGUUGUCAAAGUGGACACUAAUAAAGAAAUCACCGCCAACAAGAUACCAGGUAUCAGCCUUCUUAACAACUUUUCGUUUGAGGAAAACGGAAUACGCGCUUGGCGUGCAUUCAACGUUGGACCCGGCAGAUUCUUAUCAUUCAGUCAGCUUGAAGUUGUACCACAGGAAGAAACUGGAUUGAAAGUCCUAAAGGAGUGGGGUCCACGUAGCAACAAUCUUGGCUCAGUUAGCCAUGCUUCCAGUCCACGAGGAGAAAUAUUCUCAUGCAGUGAAAGUACAUGCGUGCUAACGUUCAAGACUCGAGAAGAAGCGGAAGCUCACAUGGACGCAGGGAAGCAUGUACGUGCGUCAGACCUAGAUUGUGAGUCUGUGUACGAUGCGGCACGAAAGAAGUGGGCUGACCGAGUCGGAGAGAUGCAUGUGGCUAGCGGAGAUAGACAGCGAAUUGCAUUUGAAGAAGCCGGGCCUUCCAGUGCUAGAGAACGCCGUAAUAAAGGGUGGGCGCUUAAAUCAACUAAGCGGGCCAACAGGAUGGAAGAGAAAGUAAAAGCCUUUCUUGUUCAGAAAUUUAACCAAGGAGUAGCGGGAGGGCAAAAGGCUGAUCCAAUUCACGUGGCUAGAGAGAUGAAGAGUAUUAGAGAUAGCAGUGGAACGUUACAAUUUAAACCAGACGAAUGGAGAACCGCUCAACAAAUUAGUAACUUUUUCGCAAGGAUGUCAGCGUUGCAGCGCCAAAGACAAGCUGAUGAAAUAGAGAGCCAGGAGGAGGAACAAGAAGUAACAGACGAAGACCUCAUAGCCCUUGAAUCAGAAGACUACAUUCAAGCCAUACGCCAGGAGGUUUACAGAGACAUUGAACAAAAUAUCAGUCACCCUAUUAAAGUAGAAGCAGUAAACGUUUGUGAACUUUCGCGUGCUGGAAAGCUCAGUUCGCUGAAGUUAGCACAGUUGAGAGAAGUAUGCAGAGCAUUUAGUCUGCGAACAAAUGGUAGCAACUCAAGAAAACGUACUUUUACUGAACCACUUGAUGCCUACGCUAAGUUGUGCUCAUGUCGGAAAUAA